AUUGCCUGGCAACCAAGCUGCCACGCCCGCCCAUGCGUAACAAGUCCUUGUUCGCCUCUCCCUCUUCUGGCGGGCACUCGAAACCGCCGGGCCUGAAGCGGGCGCUCUUCCAGCCUGGAGAAGGCUGCGGGUCUCCAUCCGUGGCGCCUCGCCAGCUGCAGGACGACGCGGACUCGUGAGGGGCAGAGCAGCGCAUCAUGCAGGAUCCCAAUGAAGAUACAGAAUGGAAUGACAUUUUAAGAGAUUUCGGCAUUCUUCCUCCUAAAGAAGAGUCAAAAGAUGAAAUUGAAGAAAUGGUUUUACGUUUACAGAAAGAAGCAAUGGUGAAACCAUUUGAAAAGAUGACUCUUGCACAGCUAAAGGAAGCUGAAGAUGAAUUUGAUGAAGAAGAUAUGCAGGCUAUUGAAACAUAUAGAAAGAAGCGGUUACAGGAAUGGAAAGCUCUUAAGAAAAAACAAAAAUUUGGAGAAUUAAGAGAAAUUUCUGGAAAUCAAUAUGUGAAUGAAGUCACAAAUGCAGAAGAAGAUGUGUGGGUUAUAACUCAUCUAUACAGAUCAAGCAUCCCAAUGUGUUUGUUGGUUAACCAGCAUCUUAGUCUUCUAGCAAGAAAGUUUCCAGAAACUAAAUUUGUUAAAGCCAUCGUGAAUAGCUGUAUUCAACACUACCAUGACAAUUGUUUACCAACAAUUUUUGUUUAUAAAAAUGGUCAGAUAGAAGCCAAAUUCAUUGGAAUUAUAGAAUGUGGAGGGAUAAAUCUCAAGCUGGAAGAACUUGAAUGGAAGCUAGCAGAAGUUGGAGCAAUACAGACUGAUUUGGAAGAAAACCCCAGAAAAGACAUUGUAGAUAUGAUGGUAUCUUCAAUUAGAAACACUUCUAUUCAUGAUGACAGUGAUAGCUCCAACAGUGAUAAUGAUACCAAAUAGAGAGAAAUAUUCAAUAAAUAGCUUUUAGUAUA